AGAGCAGUUCUGGCUGCCCCUGGGUACCUGGCAGUACCCAAGGCCAGGCUGGACGGGGCUUGGAGCAGCCUGGGACAGUGGAAGGUGUCCCUUGCCCUGGCAGGUUGAUGGGACUGGACAAGUUUUAAGGUCCAUUCCAAGGCUGACAAGCUGUAGCAUUUAUCUGACAACAAGAAUUGAAGACAGUGAUUGCAAGAUACAUAAAAAAAGAUCUGGCCUGAAUGGUUUGUGCCUCAUAUAUUUGUGUUUACACUGUCAGAUGCACCUGUGCCAAGGGUUGUGCCAUUUAAAAUAGUUUGUAUAUUUAAAAAUAUUAUUGUAUUUUAUUAUAUAUAUUAUAAUCUAUAUUUAUAUAUUAAAGUAUUUUAUGUAUUUAAAAUGUUUCUAUAUUUUGAAGUAAACUUAAGUGCGUAUCAGCCCACGUUUCUCCACACCUGGCUGGCUGUGCAGGCUACUGCCGGUGUUUUCUCACCCAUCAGUCCAGGUGCAGGGCCUGUGGGCAGCAUUGAGGGGAAAUACAAGGAGGAUUUCUUUUUCUUCAAUAAUCUCACACAGGCCUGCUAAACUUUAGGAAUGUUACUAAUAACUUUUAGAGAAUUACAGAAGCAGGUUCUGUGGCUGAGAAUCUUUUUUGCACACUAGCCUUAAUAACAGAGUAUGUACCAUACAAAAACACUAUGAAAUCCAUGCUGAAGCUUUUGAGCAUGAAAUGCAGGUGCUUGCUGAGGUCCUCACACCUUUACAGUACUGUUUAUGUGUGAAGGGUGCAAGGACCAACUCAAAAGCUUUAUUUUCUUUGCCUAAAGUUGUAAACCUAUUUACAAACGUUUGAUGAAAAAGCUGUAACAUACAUUAUUUAUCUUAGUUGCAGAAUGCAAGCUCCUAGCUUUUCUUUUUUUUGCAAUAUUUUUCUCUUUUACCUUGGAGGAGGAGUCACUAAUGUACUGAAUUCAGAUCCUCGGUAUUCUGCUGGCUGGUAUCUAUCUUGUGUAAUUUACUACAUAGUGAAUUUAGAGUUCUGAAUAGAUCUAUUUGCCUGUCCUUUUUCCUUUGAAGUUGCAGGUCAUACCAAAACAACCGCUGGAAUGUUUGUGUAGAAUAACAAUGGAAAGUAUUUUUUUCACUCCUAAAUUUGGAACGAAAACAAUCGUGUGUACUAUACUGUGUGUAUCUGUAUUAUUUAUAUACAGUCAUCAGUACACAGCACUAAUUACCCAGAGAAUAAAGCCAUUGCAAGUGUCUGAGCCCGCCCUACUGCACAGCUGGUGACAAGUAUCCUGGGCAUUUCCGUACGGAAAACGCGUUUGUCCUGCACAAACAGCACGUACGGGUUGGAUAUCCGGAGGCUAAAUAAAAUAAAUCCGGAAACAAUAUAAAACCCGGGCGCUUUAAACUCCUACCCCGGCCAGGCCCCGCCCUGGCCAGGCCCCGCCCCGCCAAGAUGUCGUCGGCAGCGAGCGGGCGCUUCUUCUGCACGGCGGGUCGCGGGCUGGAGCCUUUCCUGGCGCGGGAGGUGCGGGCGCGGCUCGGCGCCACCGAGGUGGACUGCGUCUCGGGAAAAGUGUUCUUCAGGGCGGCGGCGGGGCUCGGAGAGCUGCGGCGGCUGCGGUCGGGGGAGCGGCUGUUCCUGCUGCUGAAGAAGCACGGCCCGCUGCCAGUGUCCGGGAGCCGAGGAAAAAUACUUAAUGAGAUUAAAAGCCUUGUCAUUGAGGACCCAAAAUACUGGCUGGAUAUUAUCUCUGUUUUGAGAAAGCUUCAUGGACACAAGGGGAAAACAGACAAUGGCUCUCAAGAAAACACAUUGGCUCUGAAGAGAAAGUCAGAAGAAGAGACAAAUACUGCAAGUAAAAGGCAGAAAACAGAGCAAGUGAGAGCAAUUGUGUCUGAGGAGUGUCAGGUGGGAGCUGGAGAGACCUGUGAGUCAUCAGACAGAAUGAGCAGACAGGAGUGCUGGAUUGAGAGCAGUACUUCCUCAGAAUUCCCUUCCAGAGGCAGUGGAGAGGGUCCUGCUGCCAGUGAGGAGCUUAGCUUCAGAGUGUCUUGUCGUUGCAGUGGAGCAAUUGCCAGAAUACUGACUUCACAGGAGGUCGGAAGAGCCAUUGGCACGGCAAUGGUGAAGCAGUGCGGGUGGCAUGCUGAUCUGCGGGACCCUGACCUGGAGAUCUUUGUACAUCUUAAUGACAUUCAGUCUGUGGUCGGGAUUCCUCUUUUCAGGCUGCCAUUGGCAAACAGAGAGUAUAUCAGAACAUCAGGACUGCGGUCAACAGUGGCAUGGGCCAUGGCAUCUCUGGCUGAAAUCAGGGCUGGUGCCCUUGUGCUGGAUCCCAUGUGUGGGCUUGGAACAAUCCUGCUGGAGGCUGCCAAGGAGUGGCCUGAAGCCUAUUACUGGGGUGCUGAUAUAAGUGACUCGCAGUUAGAGGGUGCAGAUGGCAAUAUCAGAGCUGCAUGUUUCAUGGACAAGAUUGAGCUGCUGAAAGCUUCUGUGAAAGCACUGCCAUUGCCUUCAGAAAGCUUUGACAGCGUUAUUUCGGAUAUUCCAUUUGGGAAGAAGUUCAAGACCACAAGUGAUGCCCAGCUCCUGCCAGAUAUUCUCCAGGAAAUGCAGAGAGUGCUUCGUGUUGGAGGGACCCUGGUGUUGCUGCUGAGCCAGGAGCUCCACAGACGCAUGGAUGGUUUGACUAGGUGUGCAGGAGGUGACCUUGCUGAUGGUGACAGUGGAGCAGCCCCUGCACAAGCCUUGGAUGGUUUGACCAGGUGUGCUGAAGGUGCCUCUGCUGAUGGUGACAGUGGAGCAGCCCCGAGCGUGUAUGGGAAUUCGUCUUCCUUGGCACAGGGAGGUGGAGAACCCAUUAUCUACAGACAUUUUGGGUCUCUGCUGCCAGAGGAUGUCUAUGCCAUUAGCCUUGGCAAGACUGAUGCUUUCAUACACAAAUACAGGAAGGUGUCUGCUGCUGGGAGCAGCAGAACUGGGACUGGGAGCUGUCUAAAUACUGGGACACUCCCUGGAACUGGGAGCUCUGGGCUGAAGGAACUUGAAUCCUGAGAGGCUUCAGGAGCAGCAGGGCAGGACUCAGAGGAGCUCUGCUGAUGCAGACAAACCCACUGCCAUCCCUUAGAUUGCCUCACAUUCUGUGGAUGUCCCAAGACACUGUGCUGUUCCCUCCUCGGUUUUUAGGAGAGGUGGAAGAUGCCAGUUCUACUGUAUUGGAUACAGUGAAAGAGGAUAUAGUCUGUUGUAAUGUGGCAGAGUCUUCAAAUCCUUGUUUAGGCAAAGCUGCUCAGUAUUGGGAGGGGUUUCUGUGGGAGAGAAAGUCUUUAUUUGCAGAACUGCAAACCACAUGUGGUAGCCCUUGAUCUUCGGGCUGCCCACUCCAGCUAUUAAUUUUAAAGUAAUAUUUACAGCUUUGUCUGUUCUAACUAUUCUUAGUGUUCAGGUUGUUCUUAUGUGGAGGAUAGGUGAGCCCCCUGAGAUGCUGAACAGGAAGGGAGGACAGAAGGAGAAGAAACAGCACUGACAACUCCAAGCUGGCGCUGGAGUUGCAGCCAGUCCUGGGCCCCGGGCCCCGACUGUUUUGUGUGUCCUGCGUCCUCCCUACCCUGCCUCUCCCCCUCUCUUCUGCACUUUUGUGACCCAUUUUUUUCUUCACUGUACCUCUUCUUUUCUCUUGAUUCUUCUGUCCUAUCAAAAUAGGGCUUUUAGAACUGUAUCAGCAAUAAAGAAAGGGCCUGGGGCAGUACUGAAAUCACUCUCCUUUGGGUUUUAGCAUCCUUUGUACAAAGGCUGAGAUAGCAAAAACCAAAAAUCAUUGCACAUUUUCUGUGAGAACUAAACAUAAAGACUUCUCACUGCUUUCCUAAGCCAUGUCAAUCUGUAGGAGCACUGGAGGCCUUUUGGGAAGGGAAAAUUAGGAUAAAAUACUUAAUACAUUUCUGUAUUCUUCUGUGUCAAGCUUUUGACUGGAGAUCGCCUUAAAAAACAGAGUUGGGUUUAAUAAUGUUUUGUUGACUUCAGCACAGUUUCUCUCAAAUGUUUUUACUGAGAAAAGUAUAAAAUGGGACUAUGUUUGCAUUUCCAAACACACUUUCCUGUCCUAAAAUAUCUUGUAGUUGUUAAUGUGUAUUUUUGCAGCUGUACAGUCUAUGAUAAAGACUUUCUUUUGAAACUCAGUGGCAUUUUAGACUAAAGCAAACUUUGUUAUUUAAGGGUAGGGUUUGGGGGGUCGUUUCUGUGUGUUUGUUCAGGUUUCUGGUUUUGGUUUUGUUUCAUUUGGCUUGGUUUUAUUUACACUGAGCAUAUCAAAGAAUAAUGUGUAAUUGUAGUUAGAAAUUGUUACUUUUUAAAGAACAAUUACUUUGAACUCUGGUUAACUAUAUUUAUCUAGUGUGGUUCAGUAUUCUUCAACCAUUGUGUUUACAAAAACAUUUAGAAAUGUCUUGGUGAGAAUUUUUGCUUUGGUAUUUUAGCAGAAAGCAGUUUAGGCCGCCUGUGAGACUUUGUUACCUUGCCCAUGAGACAUGGAAGGAUGCUUUUGUGUUGUCCUGACAAGUUCUUUUUGUGUAUUGUGGUGCCUUUACCUAUGUCCUAAGGCUACUUUUGGUCCCUUUUUUGUUGUUUGUUUUUUGGUUUUUGUGGUUUUUUUGUUUUUUUUUUUGUAUGAAAACUGCUUUUUCUAGUCUUGCAACAACAACUAAAAAGGAAUGUGAAUGGCACUUGCAGUGCUAAUUGUCAGACUGACCCUCAUUGUUUGUAUGUGCUGCAUUCCUGGAGGCAAUGAACUGAUGUCUUCAGUCUGUUGCUUUUUGAGGUUGUUUGAUGCUUUGUGGUUUACAGUGAUGAGACCUGAAAAUAAUGAUGUGUGCCCUGUAGUCAUACCAACACUGAAAAUUUUCCAGGUGUUCCUUCUACGUUUAUUUCUGCUGAAUUGCGUUCCAUAGAAAAACACAUCCUAAAGAAACAUCUAUGUGUGAAAUUCUGAGACCUGCUGUAAGUCUAGAUUAAUUCUUCUGUAAUCACUUGGAUCAUACAUUAUCAUAUAUAGCAGUCAUACAGAAAUAAUAGAGCUGUUCUUCACAAAACUCUUUUUCUGAGGAAUGACAGCAAAGUUUUCUGUACUUUAUUAAAGCAAGUCAACUACAAGUACAAAUGAAUACAUACUUUUAUAUCAGUACUUAAGGAUACUAAAAUAUAUGCAGCUGAUUAGAGAUCAUUCUUUGCAAGAAAUUAGAAGUAAACCCAGACCUUUGCAAAUAUUUGUCCUUGAAUGAUGUAUACUCUCUAGAAAUUGGAUACAUUAAAAUUACAUUUUAGCAACAGUACAGUUAUGGUAAUUUGCUGUGUUCACAGAAUAUAAAAAAGCAGACUAAAUAGCUUCUCAGUACCUUUUGAUAUUGGAUAAAGGUCUGUGUUAUAUAUGCAAGAAUAUAAUUUUAAAUGCUAAUGCCAUUAUGUUAUCACAAUUAUUUUAGCCUGGAGAGUAAUAGAUGAAAACUGAUUUAUCAGGGAUUUUACAGUCAGGAGGUGUAGUUUAACCAGAAGUGAGGUAAUUACAGAUACAUCCCAAGCUGCAUGUUAUGAGCUUAUAAUUAGUCUUCUUUGAAUAGCAGAUUAUGAGACAUACUUGGUUUGUUACAUAUUGCCAUUCAAAAUAUCCUAGUAUUAAAUAUAGAUAAUAAUGUUAUUACCGGCACACUGUGCUUGUGUAACUGUGGGCAUCAGCAUGUCUGAAAUAAAUACAGAAUUUCUGCUCAUGCUCAUUUAUGUAUUAGAACCUGUAAAGUGCCUCAUUUUUGUAUACAGAAAACCAUAUUUGUAUAUAAAUGGAUUUUAGAAUAAAAAUAUAUCUAUUCUAUACAAGGUUUUAGAAUAUAAGAAAUUAUAUGGAGGCCUCUUCUGGAGGGGGGCUGUAUGUAAGUAAAUGGCAUUAUUAAAGCAACACCCUGCAGUCUGGA